UGUUAUGAUUUUAUUAUGAAUAAGAAUAUAAUUAUUGUGAUUAGAUUAUUCACCUUUCGUAUUAUUUCGUAGCUAUUUGUUCCAUUAGUAAUGUGAUUCAUAUAAUUAAAAGUAGUUUUAACCAAUUUCAUCUACUUAAUAGUUAUAAUGUUUUCGAUAUCAAAAUAGCAGAAUUUUUUGUGAUACGGACAUGUGUGUGAUUUCACGAACCCGAACCGAACGAAUGUAGUCAUUAGAAUUUCAUACGCGUCCACUUUUAAGAAAAUUAUUUCUUAAUAUUAAUCGACGAAAAUGGCGCACAACCUCGGCCUGACAUCCUUGGACGAUAUAGAUUUGAACGCACUUAAGGACCCUGCUGGAAUUUUCGAAUUGAUCGAAGUCGUAGGAAAUGGUACCUAUGGGCAGGUUUACAAAGGAAGACAUACCAAAACAGGUCAACUGGCCGCCAUUAAAGUUAUGGACGUUACGGAGGACGAAGAAGAAGAAAUCAAAUUAGAAAUCAACGUGCUUAAAAAGUACUCUAAUCAUCGUAACAUUGCCACGUACUAUGGAGCGUUCAUCAAAAAGAGUCCUCCUGGUAAAGACGAUCAAUUAUGGUUGGUCAUGGAAUACUGUGGAGCCGGUUCGGUAACAGAUCUGGUUAAGUCGACCAAAGGCCAAUCGCUUAAAGAAGAAUGGAUAGCUUACAUUUGUAGAGAAAUCUUACGUGGUCUGAGUUACCUUCACAGUAAUAAAGUGAUUCAUCGCGAUAUCAAAGGGCAGAAUGUUCUAUUAACAGACAACGCCGAAGUUAAAUUAGUUGAUUUCGGUGUGAGUGCUCAAUUAGACAGAACAAUCGGUCGUCGAAAUACCUUCAUUGGUACGCCGUAUUGGAUGGCACCGGAAGUAAUCGCUUGCGAUGAAAAUCCAGACGCUACGUACGAUAAUAGAAGCGAUUUAUGGAGCUUAGGUAUUACAGCUUUAGAAAUGGCUGAAUCACAACCGCCUCUGUGUGAUCUACAUCCUAUGAGAGCUUUGUUCUUAAUUCCGCGAAAUCCGCCUCCCCGUCUCAAGUCUAAAAAAUGGGGAAAGAAAUUCCACAGUUUCAUUGAAACCGUUCUGGUUAAGGAUUAUCAUCAAAGGCCAUAUACUGAACAUCUUUUGAAACAUCCUUUUAUUCGAGAUCAACCUACUGAAAGACAAGUUCGAAUUCAGUUGAAAGAUCAUAUCGAUCGUUGCAAAAAAAGAAAACAAGAAAAAGAACGCGAAGAUUAUCGAUACAGCGGUUCUGAGAAUGAAGAAGAUGACGAUCUUCCCGGUCCCGGAGAACCAUCUUCCAUUAUUCAGGCUCCCGGGGACAAUACGUUGCGUAGAAAUUUCCAGCAAAUUCAAGAAGGCAAAGCUCUGUGUGCUCAUAUUGAAUCAAAAGAAUCAAAAUAUAAAGAUAAAGAUCGCGAAGAAAUACCGGAGCCCGGUCCGCCUGCAAGGCCUCCGAUCAAUCAACGGUUAAUCGUUGUACCAGAUCCACAUCCUCCGUCGCGUCCACUGCCGCCGACUCCUCAGCAAAUGCAUCAGCAACCAAUGGCUCAACGUAAUUCUCAUAUGUAUAAGCCAUCGGAAUCGCCAAGAAGACCAGAGGAUUUAGACGUAUUAGCUGCCCAAUUGACCGAUCUAGGCGUGAAACCGGUAGAAAACGGGGCUGCGAAACAAUCCAGUCACCAUCAUCAUCACCAUCCGACCAAUAUUCUCGACCCGUUGGAUUCAUCCGAUGACGACGACGAUGACGAAGAAGACGACAGCAGCGGAAACGCCGCAGCUAAAUCAGGAUUAGCUAGAAAAAGACAACCUAAUGAUGGCACGUUGCUGGCGAGCGAUCCACCCAAACCUUUAAUGGAAUUUUCGCCAUACAAUCGUGCUCCGAUGGACAUGAACCCGUCGUCAUCCUCAGCUGGUAUGUUACAACACGAACGAGGUCAUAGUUCGAGUGCGAAUAACGGCGGCGGUCCACCAAACCGGCCGUUACCGCCUACGCCGGACGAAGAAGAAUCGAUCGAUCGUAACAGUACGUUGGUAAUGCGACGUACUCCGGAGGAUACGAAGCGAUCUAGCGAUACGGAAGAACAACGUUUAAUUAACGAAUGGAAUUUCAGCCGAUUUUUCCCAUCUAAACAUUCGAACAACGAUAGUAAAAACAGCCAAGCUGCCGCUCUCAGAUCGUCGUCUAGUCGAAGCAAAGAAUCGUCACCGAUCACCAGUACUCCGCUAAAGAAGGACGAUGGUGGCCCGAAAUCGACACCUAGUCGCGUCCCAGACAGCGCUAGAAAAAGCUCGAGCUCGGCGCAACUUAUCAAAGAAGAGAGUCGAAUAUUUUCGCGAACCCGAGGCAGUUCGCAGUCGACUCGUAAAAAGGAGGACGGAUCGUCUUCGUCGUCCGUGAUGUCGAUGUUACCUCGCGUCUUCCGGCGCGAAAAUACCGAUUUCUUUUUCCCUAGCAGACAUUCGGCUAUAUUUGUCGAAGGCAAAGAAUCGUCGACCGGUCUAGAGGCCGAUUUACCAAGUAAAAGACGAGGCAGCGAUGUUUCGUUGACCGGUAUCAAGUAUACGAAACUAGAACCGGCGCCUCCGCCGCCUAUAACUAAAUCUCCGACCGUCUCCGCGGUGGCCACCGAAAGAGCUAAAGAAUUCAAGCCGACUAGACCUCGAAGAGAACGAACCGACGGUGAUAUUUUGCUAAGGAGGAAUCAACGACAAGAGCUAAAACAGACUUUAGAAGCUAGACGACGCGAUGUUGAAAUGCGUUUUUCAAAAGAGGCUGAGAAAAUGAAAAAUCGUAAUAGUAGGAUAGCGUUAACCGAAAACAACGAAACUGAAGAAUCAUCUCAGAAUCGCGACGACCGACGAAGCGAGUAUCGUUUAGCCGAAGGUGCUAAUGGAAGCGGUUCACGUACCAGUUCUGUAUUACCUGAUUUAUUAUCUCAGGCUUCUCCGAAUCCGGCCGCUGUUGCUGCUAAUUUACGUCAAGAUAAAUCGUCCAGCGAUGAGUAUCGACAAGCGGUCACCUCUAAAUUUUAUCCUUUACAACAGAAACAAAGAUCCUUCCUUACGUUCGGAUUUGGAGCUGGUUCCAGCGGUACAAAUGUCUCGGCUACGUCAGCUGGUCGCAGAGAAUCGCACGUUAAUGUCAACGUAACGCCAACAUCGCACGGUGAAAUCACUUCGGAUACGCCGGAGAUACGAAAAUACAAGAAACGGUUCAAUUCGGAGAUAUUAUGCGCCGCAUUGUGGGGUGUGAAUUUAUUGAUCGGCACCGAAAGCGAAUUAAUGCUGCUGGAUCGUAGCGGCCAAGGAAAGGUAUACCAGUUGAUAUCAAGACGUCGAUUCCAGCAGAUGGAGGUAUUAGAAGGACAAAACAUCUUGAUAACAAUAUCCGGUAAAAAGAACCGUGUCCGGGUAUAUUAUCUAUCGUGGCUGAAAUCGAAGAUACUUCGAACGGAUGGCGUAGAACGUCGUAACGGGUGGAUCAACGUCGGCGACUUACAAGGCGCCGUGCAUUUUAGAAUCGUCAAAUACGAACGUAUUAAAUUUUUAGUAAUCGCUUUAAAAGAUAGUAUUGAGAUUUACGCUUGGGCACCAAAACCCUAUCAUAAGUUUAUGGCUUUCAAAUCAUUCAGCGAACUUUCGUACAGACCUUUAUUGGUCGAUUUGACGGUUGAAGAAGGUUCCCGUCUGAAAGUAAUUUACGGAUCUGCUGAUGGCUUCCACGCGGUAGAUUUAGAUUCGGCUUCUGUAUACGAUAUCUAUUUACCGAAACAUACUCAAGGGCCUAUUUCACCGCAUUGCAUUGUAACAUUGCCCAAUUCCAAUGGAAUGCAGUUGUUACUGUGUUACGAUAACGAAGGAGUUUACGUUAAUACUUACGGAAAGGUAUCGAAGAAUAUAGUCCUCCAGUGGGGCGAAAUGCCAACAUCGGUCGCUUACAUCGGCACUGGCCAAAUUAUGGGCUGGGGAAAUAAAGCCAUAGAGAUCCGUAACGUCGAAACAGGUCAUUUAGACGGCGUGUUCAUGCAUAAAAAAGCCCAACGCUUGAAAUUCCUUUGCGAAAGAAAUGACAAGGUAUUCUUUUCAUCGGCAAAAGGAGGCUCCUCGUGUCAAAUAUAUUUCAUGACGCUUAAUAAACCAGGAAUGGCGAAUUGGUAAUUAACGUGCUGCUGAAAACAAUGAUCGGUCGCGCAAAAAUUGGUCUAUUAAUUUAUGCUAAGUUACGAUUUUUUUUUUACAUAGACAACAAUAUUAUUUUUCUCUCUUUUUAACGAGUUGUUAUUUAUAAUUAAAAACGAAAAUUACCAAUCGCAUUAUCGACGAUGCGAAAUUUAGCUGUUGUUAGUGAAAAAGACGAAACGCUCUAUCUAUAUGUAGUGUGCAAUCAGUUUUUUUUUCUUUUUUUUUUUUAGAUAUGAUAGAAACGUUGGAUAAUUUUCUCUUCAUAUUACCGACUAUUAUUAUUUUUUUGACAAAAUCUUGAAAAAUGAGGUGUUCAUCGUGAAACAAAAAAAAAACGAAUAUCGAGGUGGCGAGUUUCGUGUACUCAAUUUUUUAUAUUUAAUUUUUAUUUAAUACUGAAAGUAAAAGAAUAAAAGUAAAAAAAAAAAACGCUUCGAUUUAUAAGUUAAUCGUAUACUUAUUCUUUAUUCUCGUGCUAUAUUAUUUUAUUUUUCGAGCAAGUUAUUAUACAAUAAGUUGACCGAGACGCUUACGAAUUUUAUUUUUAAAAAAAUAGAAACUAAAGCAAUGGUACUGUAUUCUUUUAACCACGAACAAAAGUAUUUGAAGCGCGGAUCUAUUUAAAAGACAAAGGCGAGAGAAAAUGAGGGUUUAUAUCGAGAAGCAAUGAAUGUGAGCGAUCGAGUAUGUGCGGUAGAAAUAUAUUUAUUAUAUGUUUGUUAUUUGUUUUGAUUUGUUUUCUUAUUGUUUGUUUAUGGAUAAAAUGACGAAAAUACGUUGCUUUUGGUGAAACACGAUAACUUUAUCGGAUGGUGUAAUAAAUUUGAAGUUUUUCCCCCUCCUUUUGCAUAAGAGAAAAGCACGUAUUUGUAUUGUUCUAUUGGAAAAUUUAGCUUUCGGUGUAACUGAAAUGAAGUAAAAAAAAAAGUACUAUUUACAUGUAAAUAUUUUUAGUAGAAUUGUUAUCUUAUCUUAAACAUUAAGACGAUCAUUUUUAUCUCGAUGAUUAUAAAUUCGUUCUUACUUUUUUUUUAUUUUCGAUAGUAGAUGUAAACAAAUUUUUUUUAUUAUUUUUGUAUACGAUUAUAUACUUUCGCUAUCCUGUUUUUUUCUUCUUCUUUUUAAAUGCUUUGAUGAUUUGAACAAGAACAUCGUAGUUGUAAUACAAGUUGAAUUGAAAUUGAUCGAAUGUACGGAUUAUUGAAAAUCGAAAUUUUAUUCGGGCCGGUUAUAUUACUUUUUGUUUUUGUAAUACAGGUGCUAAUUGUAAGUGUGUGUAAGUAUUCAAAGGAUGUAUUCCGUUUAUGUGUUUAGAGUGGAAUUUUUAAAUUUUAUACAAAUUUUUUUCCAUCUUUCUUAACUCUUUUCUUUCUUUUCUUUUUCAUUUUUAUACGAGUAUACAUUUAUAUAUUUUUAUUCCUUUGAGGUUUUUUUUUCUAAUGUGACUUACAUCCGAUCAUCAGUUUAAUGCAUAUUGAAGUUUUAAUUUUGUUUUAUUAUAUUAGUCAUUUUCUAUUUCAAUGUUUUAUGACAUAGUUAAUUAAAUCGUCUUCAAAUAAAGUAUUAAAAAUGC